AUGCUGCUGGACCAUGCUUACAUCAUCUACCAUGCUCAGGUCGCGAAAGCGGCCGAAAUUGCUGAGAAGCAGAUUGAACUUGUUGGAGCAGCGUGCAUCACUUCGCUGCACGAUCGCCUUUGCAGAAGGAUCAAACAGCAGGAGCUCUUCUGCGUCUUCAAGAGCAUCUUGAAUGCAGUACAUCGCCAGUAUUGCGUCAUGCUGCAGGUGGGGGACCUGGUGCAGACUGAGAAGCUCCACAGAAGAGAGGCUGGUGAGAAGGUGGUGUUUGGGACCGUGCUGGUGGUUGGCUCGAAGGACUUUACCAUCCUGGGCAAGCCCACCGUGCCGUACGCAAAAGUCAAGGCAACCAUCGAGCAGCAGACUCUGACGAGAGAGAUGCUUGCUUUCUGGUACAAGCCGCGUCGAAAGCAGUCCCACUUCUAUCGUCGCAGGCAGUGGGUGACCAUGCUCCGCAUCGAUGAAAUUGUGUUGAUGCCUGAGGAGGACCCUGCAGACCCACCGCCGCCGAAGCCCGUGCGGCUUCUUGACCUGUGGGCCAACAGGUGGCUGGACCCCACGGAGAAAGAAGGAAUCGAGAUGGUGAAUGGAGAAGAUGGCGCGCUCAUUCCAAAGACGGCCUUGAUAUACGAUGGCUCCGAACAUCAACCUGGAAGCUACCACCGGCGAGGGCUCACCUCCUGCUACCGGUACUGGCCGGAUCCCGUGGCUUGGCAUGAAGAACUGAUGACUUAG